AUUGAUAGACCGGAUCUACUGUAUUCUAAUACUUAUCGCUUUCGUUCGACCUCAAGUUGGAGUGUUACUAACAGCUGCCAAGAUGAGGUAAAAGCAGUCAGACGUAUCCUUCUGUCCGUUUCCCUUUCCUCCAUUCCCAUGACGUCCUUCAUUAUUGGCGCACAUACCAACCGCAGUAUACCAACAGAAUGGAGGGACGAUGCGGAUCGUAACUGCCCAUUCUGUCGUAUCAUCGCAGACGAGAUGCCCUCGACGCGUCUGUAUGAGGACGACAAGGUCAUAGCUAUUCUAGACAUCUUGCCUUUGAGACGUGGGCACACCCUUGUUAUACCCAAAGCCCAUUAUUCGCGGGUGUCAGAAUUACCCCCAGAAUAUGCCAGUGCAGUGGGGCAGGCUGUGACGAGAGUGGCAAAUGGACUGACGAAAGCAUUGGAUAAUACCGCGCUCAAUGUGGUGUGCAAUCAGGAGUAUGCACAAGCAGUGCCACACGUUCACUACCAUAUUAUUCCUGCCCCGUCAUUUGGCUCGAGCGCAGUAGAACCAUUAGAGAAAGCGAAGGAGAAUGAGAUACCUUUAAGCCGACGGGAGAUGCACCAGCGAGAAUUUGAGUCGAGGGAGGAGCUUGAUGAAGAUGAAGGGAAGGUUCUGGCUGUGAGGAUACGAGCUAGUCUAUAACGGCACGGGACAACGGCCAUCUCGUCUAACUCCAGGCUGUUGCUAUCAUUUAGGUAACACUCCUACGAUGACAACUUAACUGUAUGUA